AGGCCAGAGCGGUAUCAUACGAACGCUGUUGCCUGGAGACGGAGUGGGGUGCCGUUGCCUAGAGACUGCAGAAGGCCCGCAGCCAAGCGAGUGGUAAGAGGACGCCGAGAGAGCCCUGGACCCACGGAGCAGCCCCAAGGCUAUGGCGGGACACCCGAAAGAGAGGGUGGUCACAGAUGAGGUCCAUCAGAACCAGAUCUUGCGGGAGCUGUACCUCAAAGAGUUACGAACCCAGAAACUCUACACGCAGUACCACGUGAAUCCCCUGCGCAAGGUUCACAGGAUUACGAGGAAGCCUAUGUCUUGGCAUGAUAACCUGGAGGAACCCGCAGACGCCAGGUUUCUGAAUCUCAUUCACCAUGCUGCCCAGGGGCCAACGAAGAAGUACCCAGAGGCACAGACUGAAAACCAGGAAAUUGGGUGGGACUCAGAAGCCUUGGUCGACCCAGAACGCCGUGACCACAGGAUGAACCACUUCAGGGUCUACAAUGACAUCACUCUGUACAAAGCUAAAAUGUGGAGCUUGGGAGAAGAUGAUCGCCACAAGUAGCAUCUCAGCUGUGGAGUCAGGCCCUGGAUUUAAUGCCCUAAAUAUCCACUGCCUAGAAGACUAAACAUUAUUUUAACCCCCCGUCCCCUGUCCAUAAUUCAUGGAUAGUGGCAAAAAUUAGGAAGCAUAAAAAAUAUGCGGAAGAAGGAAAUAAAAAUUGCCCAUUAUCUCACCAUAUGGAAGUGACUAAUGUUAGCAUUUUAAACCAUUUGUUUUUAAAAUUAAUAAUAAAUUGCAUAUAUUUAUUGUGUACAA